AGAUGAUGAGGGUGAGAGAGUAAAAAUGUCAUUUUCGAAAGAAAAAAAAAAAUUGAUGGCAUUUUCGUAAAUUAUAUGAACUUGUGGGGUGAAUAGGGCAAAACCAAUUUUCAAAAAAAUGGAGGUUAGUUUUGUGUUUGACUUUAAGUUGUAGGUCAAUUUUGCAAAAACCCCUAUUAUUUAGUUGUAAGGUACAUCAAUACUAUUAAAAGGGAAGGAUUUUGAAAAAAUCUAUUUAUGAAAGUUGUUUGGACCUAUUACUUUUAAAUUUUUUUGGACUUACCCUGUAUAUUAUAACAAUAAUUGACAAACUUUUUAACCCUAUAGACCCCUGAUUUUUAAUCUAACCAUGCAAACUGUAUAUAUUAUUAUUUAUACAUAACCACUAAAACAGAUUGCUAAACCACCCUACCCAAACAAAAUACAUUACAUGAACCAAAACCAAAACACAACCAGGUUAGCGAAAUAUUAAGGCCAUGAAUGUUAGAUACUUAAGAACAUAACUUAAAAGCGUAAAUACUUAAGAACAUAACUUACAAAAAUAUAUGUGAAUAAAACAUUCUUUUUAAAAUCUAACUUUUAAUAAUGGAACAUAUGUCUCUGAUACUUUUAUUAAAUAGGAAAUUGUAGUUUAUAUUUAUAUUAUAGGUACUUUUAUAAAAAAAAUUUUAAAAAUAUUCUAUUAAUACUUGGUUUAAUAAUUGGUAGUUUGAUUGGUUAAUAUACAUACGAUUAAAUGUUACAUAAAUCGUUACUAAUAACACUAUAUUUAUUCCAGUUUCAAUUUUCUAUACUAUUUUUACACACAAAUGAAUCUUCAAACACAUUUCGAACAAACUUCAAAAACGGAAACGCGUGAUCAAAUUUCUUACAAAUUAAUUGUGCUUAUGCAAAUGACCUAUAUAUUAGUGAAAUAAUCUUCAAGAUUAUAUGAUUCAAACACUAAAUUUUAUAAUUAUGAAAAGCAAAACAAAACCAAACCCGCGCUUUCAAGCGCGGGUCAAAAUCUAGUCAAUACUAUUAAAACAGAAGGUCUUUUUUUUAGGUAUCCUUCAGUUUCAACAAUAUUUACAGAUCUUUGCCACUGAAAUAUUUAAAACCUAUGAUUUAAAUUAAAUUCUAAAUUUUCUUUUAUUUAUACAACAGAAAAUCUUAAAAUGAAUCAACACGUUAUUAAAGUAAACCGACUUACCCAACGAACGUAAACCAACCAACAUACUUAACAAUAAAAUAAAGUGUUGUGCUGGUUCAAUCCAUCGAAGUAUACAUGAUUCUAUAUACUUAACACGUCUUUAACUUGAUAUCAAGUAUAUAAACAAACAAUUUACUUUUUGGAAAAAGGAUACAAACAAUUUACAGCUUUCAAUUCCUAUAGGAUACCAAUUCAAAUGUUCUAUAGAAAACUAAACCGAUGUUGGUAUGAAUAAAAUCAUCCAUAUAUCACACUUAAAGAAACCAAUAUAAACAAUAAAUAUUAAAUAUAUGAACGAAAUAGGUGCGGGAAUAUUCAUUAAGAACAGUUAAUAUUUUCCUAAUUAAAUGGUCGAUAAGAUAUUUAUAAUAAUCAUAUUUUUCAUAGCAAUCAAUUAAAUGCAUCAGUUUCGGAAUGCUAACUAACAAUACCUUUAAUUUUUUAAAUAAAAUUAGAAAGAUCUUCAUAACUAAAUAAUUAAGUCGACAGCAAGAAACAAUUAUACAUGAACAAAAUGACUAAUCCUAUUAGAAAAAUAAAUGAAUUUAUAAGGGUUUGAGAUUUAAAAAAGGUCGGUUAAAAAAGAGACGGAUUCAAAUACAUGACAGAUUUAUUUAUUUUAAAAUAUUAUUUUUAAAAACAAUUAAUUAUAAACUUUCUGUAUUUUUUUUUUAAUUCACCUUUCGUAUUGAAACAUAAAUAUUCUAAAAAAUUUGUUUUAUCAUGUAAUCUAAGAAAUAUGUCAUUGCAAAUAUUUUUCUUUACAAUUUCAUUUAUGAUAAUAAUGUGAAAGCUAUUUUUCAAUAAUGUAUUUUUUCCUAUUAUAAAAAAUAUUAAUAAAAUCUUUAAAUAUUUUUAAUAAUAUAGUUAUUUGAAUUCGGAAUUAUUAUUAACAAUAUUAAAAUUAUUAUGAUCUAUAUACAUAUUUUUAUUUUAUAAUAUUAUGUCUGGAAAAUAAGCAAAAAAUAAUUAAUCCUUGCAGACUAACAUUUUUAGGUGUAAGCAUUCAGUAAAAAGUUAUUAUAUAGAACUAAAUGAUAAUCAAAUUAGAAACAAAUGAUCUAAACGGGUUUGAAAUUUAAAAGGUCAAAAAGACGGGUUUAAACAUGAUAGAUUUAUCUAUUUUAAAAUUUGUGACAAAGUGAUAUAGACAUUUUUAGAGGUGGGCGUUCGGACUACCAUUCGGGUUUGGAUCGGGUCUAUUCGGAUUUUAGAUUUUAAGGGUAAGAUAUUUUAGCCCCAUUUGGAUUUUUAUAAAUUUUGGUUCGGGUUUGGUUCAGAUCUUUGCGGGUUCGGAUAACCCGUUUAAAUUAUUUUAAAUUUUUUAAAAUUUUAUAUACUUUAAAUUUCUUAAAAUCUAAAAAAUAAAAUAAUAUAUAACAUAAAAUUUUGAGUAAUGUAUGCCAAGAUACCUAAACCUAACAUAAAAAUUGGUCUGCAUUGCUUAUUUGGUUAGAUAAUCAAUAUAUAUAUUGAGUAAUUGGUUUUUUAAGUAUAGUUUAGCUACAUUAGAUAUUUACAGACUAUUUCUAUAAAUUUUCAAACAUUUUGGACAACUUCAAAAUAUUCUAUACAUUUUGGAUAUUAAAUAUAAAAUAGCUAAUAUAUUCAAGUAUAUAAAUCUAAUUCGGAUACUCGAAAUAUUUUUGUUCAAAUUGGAUUUGGUUCCGGAUCUCUAGAUACCAAAAUUUUAAAUAUUUUUGCAUAUCUAACAAAUUUCGGCUAAGGUUCAAUACUACUUUCUCGGAUCGGAUUCAUUUCGGUUCUUCGGAUUCGGAUUUUUUGCGCAACCCUAAAAUUUUUAAGAAUUUUGACAACAUAAAAUAUUCCGCGCUUCAAAAGGUGUCGGUAAAAAAGGAGACGGUUUUAAACAUGACAGAUUUAUCUAUAUUAAAUAAUAGUUAUUAAAAUUUUAAUUAUAAAAUUUCUGUAUUUUUUUAAUUAAAAUCCAUCUUUCUUUUUGAAACAUAAAUAUUCUAUUAAACUUUUUUAUCAUGUAAUAUAUGUCAUUUCAAAUAUUUCUCUUUAGAAUUUCAUUUAUGAUAAUAAUGUGAAAUAUAUUUUUAACCAAUUUAGUUAUACCAAUUUUUAUAUUUUUCAAUAAUAUAUUUUUUUCCUAUUAUAAAAUUGAAUCUUAAUAUUUUUAAUAAUAUAUUUAUUUGCAUUCAAAAUUAUUAUUAAUAAUAUUUCAAUUAUUAUAAUCUAUAUGCAUAUUUUAUUUUAUAAUAUUAUGUUUGAUAAAUAAAUAAAAAAUCAAUCUUUGUGUACUAACAUUUUUAUUAGUAUUUUUUCAGUAAAACAUAUUUUUAUACAAAACUAAAUAGUUAAUUCUAUUAAAAAAGGAUCAAAACGGGUCUGAAAUUUAAAACGAAUCUGUCAAAAAUGAGACGAAUCUAAAUAUGAGAAAUUAACCUAUUUUAACUCACGAUAAAAAAAGAUUUAUCUAUUUUAAUAUUUGUGACUGAAGUGACAUAGAUAUUUUUUUUGGUUUUUCACAACGUAAAAAUCCCGCCCUUUAAAAGCGCGGGUCAAAAUCUAGUUGUAUUUUACAGUUAGAGUUUUUUCUGACUAUUUCAUUAAUAUGUAAAUAUUUAUCAAGUAUGAGAUGCUUUAAAUAACAUAUAUUUAAUUUUUAUUAUAGUCAAAUAUAUUUUCCCCAAUAUACUAAAUUUAAAAAGUAAAUUCAUAUUACAAUUUUAAGGCUUUCAAAUACAAGUAAAUUUGUUACGAGAUAGAUUAUAUAAAUAAAUUAUUUAUUUUUCUAAAAUUAUAUAAGUUUUUUUAAUUAUUUAUACUUUAAAAAUCUUCUAUAAAAAAUACAUUGGUAUAAAUUUUUAAUUUUCAGUAAAUAUUUUUUUAAUAAAAAUUAAUUUUGCGCUUAGAAGGUGCGGAUUAAAAUCUUAUAUAUAUUUAGUUGUUACAUUAAUCACCUAAGCUUAAAUAUUUGUUUGAAAAUGGUUUAUUUUGGUUUAAUAUUAAAAACAAAUGGUACACCAUUCCGCGAAGAGAGAAUGUGAAAAGCCUCUGUGGCCACACGUGUGGAAAUCUGGUGUGGUGUGGAUUCGAAUUCGGGUCCUUUGGAGAUCCACAUAACGCGUUGACCACUCGAUCACGGACGCGUGGCUUUCGUUUAAUACUAUGCAUAUCGUAAAGGCUUUCGUGAACUUGUUUUUGUCAACCUAUAUAAAAUGAUAAUUAUAAAAUGAUAAAUAUAGGGUUUUUUAAAAUAGGGUUUUUUUAAAUAGGGUUUAGUUAUAGGCUAACACUAAAUUUGUUGUUUUGUUAUUCUUUAGUUUGUUACGUUAAUCCACUUUUUGGAAAAGAAGUUAGUAACGUAUAGAAAAAACUAAAUAAUAACACACAACAAAAACUUACCUUGAAAGUUCGUUUCAAAAUUGUUUAUUUCAGUUUAGUACUAGCAUAUCGUAAAGGCAUUCAUGGACUUGUUUUUGUGAACUUAAAUAAAAUGUUAAAUAAUUUUUUCACUUUAUCAAAAUUUCUGUUAAGUUGUGAUGGUCAUCAAACCUUAUCGUAAUAUAGUUUAACCAUUAAAAGAGGGUUUAGAGUUUGUGUUUUGGGUUUAGAUUCAUCCUUUAGGGAAUAGAAGAACAUUUCGUGUGAGUCGAAUGUAAUGUCAUUUCUGAUUUAAGCUUAGCAACGUUUGAAAACUAAAAGCUUUAGUUCAUAUCGUGCUUUGCUUAGAACAAUGCAGCAACUGUAUAUAAAAAAGAGAGAAUAAAGGGAUAUCAGCGUGAGAUAACAAAAGAUUUCAUAGAUAGGAUCAUGCUUUAACAGAAUAGAUACAUCUAACCUAAAAAUAUUUCAAUAAUAUCUUAAAAUCCUUUUCUCUAUAUAAGCCAUAUAGUCGGGCAUCCAUUUCUCACAAAUUAUUCCCCACAAAAUAAAAACCAUGAAAAGCUCCAUCGUCCUAGUGGCAGCAGCUAUCCUCUGCAUCGUCGCUUUUCCUACCGCAACCGUCGGCAAGAACCUGAGAUUCGGGCUAAAACCUACCCAAGGAUGGCCACAUCCGUCGGAAGCCUCAACAAACCAGAUGUUUAUGAGCACUUCCCAAAAGUUUAACUAUGGGGACUCUAAAGUUUGGAGAUGUACUUAUAGCAACGGGUCUGCUCCUGCCAUUUCCAUUUCCAUUUCUCCGCCAACUCCAACAAUGCCGUCACCGUCAACACCAACUACUCCGUCUCCUUCGCCACCCACUCCCAAAACGUCUCCGCCGCCACCUACACCAUCUCCUCCACCUCCAACAUCCAAGAAAGCUCCAUCCCCAUCCCCACCGCCACCGCCACCUACACCAUCUCUUCCUCCUCCGACUCCAACCAAAGUUCCAUCUCCGCCGCCACCUACACUAUCUCCUCCUCCUCCGACUCCAACGAAAGCUUCAUCUCCACCACUGCCAAAACCAUCUCUUCCUCCUCCAACUCCUAAGAAAACUCCAUCUCCACCGCCGCCAACACCAUCUCUUCCACCUCCAACUCCCAAGAAGUCUCCGUCUCCUUCGCCGCCAAGUGAUGAUGAGUCAUCAUCUCCUAGCCAGCCAUCAAACCCCCCUCAGGAGCAUCAUCAUCAUCAUGAGUUUCCAUUGGAACACAUUGGAAGAUGUUAUAGAAACAUGGGGCAAGUUGGGUUUUGUCGGGGGCAGAUGGCGAUCAGUUUCUACACGAGGUUGUUUAAAGUCAGUAAGUAUUGUUGCAACCUUAUCGUCAACAUGAAAAAUGAAUGCGACGACGUCAUUUGGGGAUACUUCUACGAUCCUCACUUUGUUCCUCUUGUUCGUUGCACUUGCCACGUCUCCUUCUAGCUAGUUCUUCGCUUCUUUUCUUAGUUAGGGAUUUUUAUUUAAUGGUUUUUUUACUUCUUUGAUUCCGUUUAGUCAUUCAAUAUUGUUGUCGUCUAUAUCUUAUGGACGCCUCUUUUAGUACAACGUUUUAAUUAAUGAAUAACAUGGCUUUCUUUUAUUGUCUUCCUAGCCUGUUUUUUUGUUUACAACGAGAGAUAAAAGUAGAUACCAAAUUUUCCCUAUAUUCAAUCGCAGUGAGAAGAAAUAUUUUUUUGGACUUAAUUAAAAAGGAUUUUUAGGAAACAAAACUGUUGUAUCAUAUCUAUUCCGAUUCAACGAUAAAUAAUAUUUUAUUCUUGGGUUUAUCAUCUAGGAUGAACCUAGAAAAUAAAACAAAGUAUUGUCAAAUAAUAUUAUGUCUUUAAAAUAAAAAGAUAAAAAUAAAUAAAAAUAAUAAUAGUUACAAAAAAAAAAUUUAAGAUGUAUCUUUUUACAAAAAUCUUUUUUUUAACUACUACUAUUUUUAUUUAUUUUUUAUUUUUUUAUUUUAAAAACAUAAUAUAACUUGACAAUAUUUUAUUUCCUUUUUCAAAAGAUAUCGAAUAUAAAAUAAUAAAAUCCUAUUGGUUAGUGAACUUAAACAAUAAAUCAUAAUAUUAGUCUUUCAUUCCAAUAUUCGGGGAAAGAUUAAUUAAGAACACAAAAUGUACCACGAAUAUGUUUCUUUUCAUUUAUAUAUAUAUAUAUAUAUAUAUAUAUAUAUAUAUAUAUAUUAUUCAAUUUUUUUUUUACCUUUUUUCUUGAAAGUCUUAUAAUCUGCUAAAUAUAAGUGGAUAUAGUUUUCUUUUCGUGAUUUUCAUUCCAAGUCUUUAAUUUAGUUAGAUUGUGCUAAUGUACAACUUAACUUAAAAAAAACAUAAAAUAUUGUAUUAUAUUACAUGUAUAACAAUAUGCUUUUGGUAUGGAUAUUCAUUUACUGAAGAAAUAAAUAUUUAUCUAAAAAGAUGGUAGUGCAACGUAACAAUAGGAUCAACACAUUGGUUAGCUCAACUGCUAAAAUUUUAAUUUGUUGACACUCUUAGUUUAAAAUAUCCUUUAGUAUAUUCUUAAAAGUAUCCUUCAGUCAAAUGCUUAAAGAUAUUUACUAUAUAUAUAGUAUUCAGCAACUUUUAACCUGACGAUCUUUUAGUUGUCAAAAAGAAAAAAAUCAAAAAUCUUUGUUGUAUAACAAACUCAUUUUAGCAAAAAAAAAAACAAAAAAAAACAAAAACAAACAAACUCAUUAUAUACUCGAGGUUCUGUUGAUGAUUAUUUCUGACGUCUUCGUCAAUUGACUCAAUAUCUCAACAUAUCAAAUAAUCAAAUGAUUCAGAAAGGAUAUUCGAUAUAUAUUUUCAUCCUUUUCAAAAACCGUUCAAAUUUUUAUUCUAUUCAGCUGUAGUAACGACAUUGUGAGAUAUAUACUACGUGAUUUUAAUAUAUGUGAAUAAUCAGAUAUCUAUAUAAUCGGAUCCAUCCUCGCUCAUUUUUCUUUUAUUCACUCUGAUAUAUUUACUUCGUUUACAUCGCCUUACACCAUGAUGAAGAGCCUCAUUGUUAUCGUAGCUCUCCUAUGCCUCGUCACGCUCCCAAAACCAACCGUCUGUUCACAAAAGAAACUUCACCCCUGGCUCGUUCCCUAAUAUUCCCAACAUCCACAGGUUUCCAAAAAUCCCCGGUAUACAAAACAUCCCUCAAAUCUCAAUACCAAACAUUCCUAUCCCUCAAAUUCCGGUGAUUCCUGGACUUCCUAACAUUCCAGGUCUUCCGAGAGGAUCAUUUGGCCUGUUUCAGUCAGUUCUCGUGUCACAGUCCGCUGAGCCAGAGAACUGUUUGACAGGUGAUAAGUCUAAAGUGGGAGAGAAAUGUUUGUCGCAGAUUUUUUCGAGUUGGGCAGGGAACAAUUUCUCUUUGGACAAAGAGUGUUGUGAGCUCGUUCUGAAUAUGGACAAAAAGUUUAGGAGCUCUCUGUUUCUCGCUUCCGGUGGUGGUUUGAACCUCGAGCUUUCCUGCGGCUGAGGACUUCAAAGCUGUUUGGGGAUGUUUCCAAUCAUUUGGAGCAGCUUUACGGGCAAGCCAAUUUCUAACAAGACUUGGUCUCAUGUAUCAUCAAAGGUUUCCUCCCCAUUUGGCAAUGUGCUUCUUUGGUCGAGCUCUGGUCUCUGCUCGUCUAUUUUGCUCUGUUUCAAGAUCUCUAGUAGCUGUAUCUUCUUUUAUUCUCUUUUAAUUUUUAGUUUAAUUUCUUUUCUGCUACUAACUUCUGUAUAAUUUCUGUCUAAAACUGAAAAUUGUGUAAAAUUUUAACAUUUUUACCAAAAAGAAAAAAAGUGUAACGACCAUCUUCACAUAAUUUUUAAUUUUUGGGUUUAGGAUUUAGGGUUUAGGGUUUAGUAUUUUAGUGUUUAGUGUCUUUGAUUUAGAGUUUAGAAUUUAUCCAAUGGUUUAGGAUUUACCAAAGGUUUAGGGUUUAGAAUUUAGUGUUUUGCUACCGACUUAAAAAAAAUUUUAAAUAUUUUUUUUAGCUACUAUUAUUUUUUUAUUUUUUAUCUUUUUAUUUUAAAAGUAUACUAUAACUUGACAAUAUUUUUUUUCUUUUUUUAAAAGAUAUCGAAUAUGAAAUGAUGAAAUCAUAUUAGUUGGUGAACCCUCGUAAGAAAAUAAACUUGGACGGUUAGAAAGCUACUAAGUUUUAUAAUAGGCCCUUGUGGGCUUUGCCGGAGUCACCACUCACCGGUGGAGCCGACAAACAUGCACCUUUCUGUAUUUUAUGGUUUUUUCUUCAACAUCUAUUGGAUUUUUUCAAGCAAUAUGAUAAAAAGACUAUAAAUGAAAUUCUCAAAAUUUAAAAUGUUAUUUGCGUCUAUAUAAGUAAAAAAUCGUUGUGAGUAGGGAUAUCUUUUUUAAAAGAUGUCGAAUAUGAAAUGACGAAAUCAUAUUAGUUGGUAAACUUUCAUGAGAAAAUAAACUAUGGGCGGUUAGAAGGCUACUAAGUUUUAUAAUAGGACCUUGUGGGCUUUGUCGGAGUCACCAUUCACCGGUGGAGCAGACAAACCUGCAACUUUCUGUAUUUAUGGUUUUUUCUUCAACAUCUAUUCACUACAAGAAAACACAAUUAUAACGACGACGGUUUUCGUAGUUAUUUUGUCGUAAAAUAGGGUUUACCACGAAUUAACUACAGAACGAAAGCCAUUUCAUUUUUAAACGUUUGUCAUAACGUAUAUUUCCUCGCUAAUUCGUCGUAAAGUAGAGUCAACAAUUUUCUCGUAAAAACCACGUAAACUAUUUUCUCGUAAAAGACACGUAAACGGUUUCCUCGUGAAAGCCACAUAAACUGUUUUGUCGUAAAGAACAUAUAAAUUAAUUCCUCGUAAAGUACACGUAAAUCAUUUCUUCGUAAAGUACACAUAAAGGUUUUCCUCGUAAAGUACACGUAAUUUGUUUCCUCGUAAAGCAGACGCUCAAUUUCGUCGUUAUUUACACGUACAUUUACGACGAAUCUGAGUGUCUUUCAUGGUAAAUUCCUCGGUAACAAUUUUCAGUUUCCUCGUUAAUUAGACGUAAAUUAGCUACAAAUUUGCUUCGAUUCUUUAUUUUUUACAAAAUAAAAAAUAUAAUCAAAUAUAUUUUUAAAUUUAUUUCAAAUUCUUAAAAAUUUAAAUAAUAUGAAUAAAUACGAAAAUAUUUUACAAAUAUUUAAGUUUCAAAUUUAUAAUACAAAACAAAAAGAAGGAAAAAAAACUAAGGGUUGUUGGUGUGGAGCUCGUCGAAGAACUCCUGACUCCUCCUCUGCACAUCUUCUUCAUUGUGGGAUGGUUCUGGAACGGGAUUUUGUGUCCCCAUCGCCGUCAACAUGGUCUCCAGCUGAGGAUUUCCAGCCGCUAUAACGUCUAAAUAAUCCUAAACUUAAGUCAUACGAGCUGUGAACGAAGACCGCGUCAAGUUCAACUCGGAAUGCAGCUAAGUGACUUCAUCAGCCCGUCUCUGACCAUAAGACGAUGUCGCUCUUGGGACAUUGUUGACGGAACCAAUCCCCAACGUAGGUCCCUUUUUCAUAGAGUCAGCGUUAAAAAAAAAGAUUAAUGUUAGUAAUAAAAAAUUAGUUUAAAUGAAUAAUAAUAAUAAAAUAAAAGAUUUAAAAUGUUUUACCUCCUUGUAAAUCUGAUCCACUUCAAGUGUGGAUAAUGUGACCGGUAUUCCAUCCGAGCAACCACCUCUUUAAGAUUUUCUCGAGCAACCACCUCUUUGUAUAUUUUCUCGGACCUAGAAUCUACAAAUUACCCAGCCUUGUUCUUGUGGAUCCUCUCGUAAAGAUCCUUAAGAGACGGGAGAACUCCCGUCUCUUUGGCCUAACAAACAUUUAAGAACUAAAAAUAUAUUAAAAAAAAAUUAAUUAAAAUAUUUACCAUUUCCAUACAGACACCAGCAUAGAGUUUUUGACCCGUAGUGUGAAGCAUCGGCCUGUUUCCCUGCUCAUCUUUCAUCAGACGGGAGGCGGAGCAACUGUUGGAGACUUUAAUGGACGAUGACAGGUUCCAAUAACGGAUGAGGCCAUCCCACACAGCCUUGGUGAGCUCAUCGGGUUUUCCCUGCUCAUAACCCUUCAAGAUCCAAUCAUCCUUCCAGUUGGAUACCGUGUCCAAUAAUCGAGCUUUCGCCUUCCCGAUAAACGCUUUCUUCACCCUCUUUUCACCCCUAUGAACCAAUGAUAUUUUUGCUGUAA